AAGGCUCCCAGAAAGAUUACUGAAUUUGCAUGGCAGUUGACAACUAGCAUAUUUUGGAAGCUGCCUCGGUGUAGAGUCACAUGCUUCGGUUUUAGGGUUUUUUUUGUAUUCUUUCUCCACUUACUGUUACUAUUUAACACAGUCCCAUCUAUUACUCUUCUGUACCACCGAAACUCAACCAACAAUAAUAAUGGAGUACUCCUCAAAGAUGUUAGCUCUCUUUCUCAUUUCCAUGCUCUCCGUUUCAGCCUCCGCCUCUCGCAUUAUCGAAAAAGACUGUGCCCCUAAAACCCCCUCCGUAAAACCCCCUUCCACUAUCCCUAAGCUGCCCGUUCCACCUGUCACUAUCCCUAAGCUGCCCGUUCCACCCGUCUCAAUUCCCAAAUUGCCCCUCCCACCGGUCUCAAUUCCCAAACUACCCCUCCCACCCGUAGCUGUCCCUAAACUGCCCCUCCCACCAGUAGCUGUCCCAAAACUGCCCCUCCCACCAGUAGCAGUGCCGAAACUGCCCCUCCCACCAGUCACAUUGCCCAAUCUGCCAUUGCCGCCAGUGGCAAUCCCCAAACUGCCCCUCCCACCAGUUGGAAUCCCUCCAGUGCUGGACCCACCAACCACCGGAACAGCCUGCCCGCCGCCACCCGGGAAAGCGUCAGAAAGCUGCCCGAUAGACACACUGAAGCUGGGUGCAUGCGUGGAUCUUCUAGGUGGGCUGGUCCACAUUGGAUUGGGAGAUCCAGCUGUGAAUGAAUGCUGCCCGAUAAUAUCGGGGCUUGUCGAGGCUGAAGCUGCAGUAUGCUUGUGCACAACUCUUAAAAUCAAAGCCCUAAACCUCAAAUUAUAUGUCCCUAUUGCUCUUCAGCUUCUCGUCACCUGUGGAAAGUCACCACCUCCUGGCUACGAAUGCUCUAUCUAGAUUCCACUUGGUUUGCUAGCUAGAUGGAUUGAAGAAUCCAAAUCGACAUGAGAGGAUGUCGGGCUCGCAUGCAUGGGUUUCGUUUUCGUUAUUUGCUUGUUCUCUUCCGAUUCUUCAUUUUUUAUUUUGAAUUUAUUUAUUUUUCUUGUUGGAAUUAAUUGAUGAUGUUUGCCAUUGUUUGGUCGACACCAUUUGAUUGUGUAAAAUUAUGUCAUAUUACUCAUGUAUUGUUUAACUCGUUGAAGAGAAAAAAAGCAAUUAAUCAAAAAUAUUGAUGUCUUAUUUAA